AUGGCGACGCUCUUUAAAUUCCGAUGCUUUCUUCCGCCGCUCCUUCCCCAUAAUCUCUUCUUAUUUACCCAGCAACAGCAAUCUCAGCUGCAAUGUGAUGGCCUCAUCCAUGACCAUCGUCACCUCCCUUCUCGAGAGCGUUCAUUGGUUUGCGCUUGUUCUGUUAGAAUGCCCAGAAAGAAGGUAAAGAGCAAUGAGGAGCUUUGUAACGAUAUCCGGGAGUUCUUGUGUGCUGUUGGGCUCCCAGAAGACCACGUUCCCACCACAAAGGAGCUUGCGGAUAAUGGGAGAAGUGACCUUGCCAAUGUUGUGAGACGUAGAGGUUACAAGCGGAUAAGAGAGCUUCUUGUUAAUUCGCCCUCAGUAGAUGUUGAUGGGUCCUCAGAAUUUCAAAGCUUUGAUAAGGAAGGCAAUUCAAUCCAUGAGCUAGCCUGUCUUGGAACAGGUUUUAGGAGUAGUGACAACACUCAGGUGCCUAUGGAAUCAGACGAUUCAAAAGGUCUUGAUGUCGGCAAUCCUAGUUGGACACGGAUGGAUUUGAUGGCUGAUGAAUCAUUAGAGGAGAAGGUGGCAAAGUUUAUUCAUACUGGAGAUUUAGAUGCUGUUGAAGAUAGAGUGUUCAGUCCCACUACUGCUUUUAGUGUAAAUGGAAAGGCACCGACAUCAACAUCAGUUACUCUCAUCGGUGUGAACCAAGCUAUCAGGAAUGAUGAUGCAUCUACUAAAUCUCAUACUCUUUCUGAUCUCGAGAAAGACUUCAUUGUUGAGACUGAUAGAAAGGAGAAGGAUAUUGAGAUAAAUGAUCUCGAAUUAAUGAUGCAACAAAAGGAGUUGGAGUUGAUCCGGUUGCAGGAACUGAUUGAGAAGGAAACGCGUACUUUGUCUGAUCUGCAAAGAAAUGCUGAAACAGAGAUUACAAAGGCCCAAAACCUUCUUGCAGAAAAAGAUGCAGAAUUGUUUGCUGUAGAAAGUUUGACAGGCCUUGUUCAGGUCACAAUCCAGUACCACGGGGAUGGUCAAAGUGUGGAGGUUUCAGGUAGCUUCAAUGGUUGGCAUCACAAAAUUGUUAUGGAUCCCAAGCCAUCUUCAGAUGAAAACAUCAUGGAGUCAAGCAAAAUUAUGUUGGAUGCUGAGCCCUCUUCUUCAGAUGAAAAUAUUGCAGAAUCAAGCAAAAUUAUGACGGAUCCUGAACCAUCUUCAGAUAAAAAUAUCACUGAGUCAAGGAAAUCAAAUAUUUGGUCUACAACACUGUGGCUUUAUCCAGGAGUAUACGAGAUAAAAUUCAUAGUGGAUGGAGAAUGGAAAACUGAUGAUGAGAUGGAGUCCGUCAGCCAAGCUGGAAUUUAUAACAACAUUCUUCGAGUUGCAAGAGAUGAUUGA